AUGGUGCAGAUAAGCGAGAUCGCGGCGCACACGGACGAUGCCCCGCUUUCCGAGCCUGAGUUCCCCUCGCCGUUCGUCUUCAACGACCGGGACCCCAUCACGCUCGUCGAGCUGCGCAUGCGACGUUUCUCUGGGAUAAUCCGCGCGAAACCAAACUGGUGGGAGAAGGUCCACGACGCGGAGCUCGUCGCGAAAUGGCGCGCCGAGAUGGUCGAGCAGGACCGCGUCUCAGUUGACAGACUCUGGAACGGCGUGAAGCGCUCCGACUUCGAGUACGGAGAGACGCAAUGGCCGCGCGAACCCAUCACGAACGCGCAACUGGACUACAUCUUUGCCCAGCUCAAGCACCAGGCUGAUCAGCGCGACCCCGCCACAGACAUUUAUGCAGCGGCUGUUCCGAAAGUCUACGAGUCUAAGAGCCUCAUACCCGCGGACCUCAAAGCCGCCUUCGUCUCAGGCGCAGCUGUCCUCGAGGAUAUUCCCGAUGACAAGAAGGAUUGGCACCCAGGCUCAGACUAUCAGGUCUUGGACCUCGCUCACCCCUCGCUCUACUGCCUGUGCAUCGGUCGCUCCUAUGUCCACACCCCCGAUGCUCCCACUGGGGCAAAUCCGGUACAUCUCAUCAGCGAGGACGAGUACACCACGCACCGGCCUGAUCUCGCCAAGUACAUAGGUCAAUAUGAUUCGUACGCUAUCUCGCUACUGCAUCAAUGGCUCCCCACAGAUUUUACCGUGUCCGAGACUGGUAACGUCGAGGCCUUAUCCUACAUCAACAACCUCCACCCCAUCCACCACCACGCACUCUAUCCCGCCAUUUGUUCCAUUCUUGCACGCUUCGUGCCUCUCUUCGAGAAGGUGCUUUCAGACACGCUCAGUCCAGAACCCCCGCUGGCCAUCACUGCCGAUCCAUUCGACUGGUAUAGCCACGUUCCGGAUGCAUCCGACAGCGACGAGGCUGCUGAAGGGGAACCAGAGGAGUACGAGAGGUGGCCACACGUCCCCGACCCGGAGCCCUUCUCUCCUCCCAGGGACGAAGGACGUGUCCAGUUCAAGCUCGGCGGGCGCACCGUGCAAGUCAUCGUGAAGCUCGCGAACAUAGUCCUCACACCGGAAACCCCGAAAUACCCCGGUGGAUCAUGGCACGUUGAGGGCAUGAUGAACGAAAAAAUCGUUGCGACGGGCCUGUACUAUUAUGCCUGCGAGAACAUCACCGAGUCGCGGCUCGAAUUCCGUACGGUCGUCGGCAGCGGCGACGACUGUGGAAUGUCGAUGGACUACGAGAACAACGACAACAUCGGGUACCAUACCGUGUACGGCUUCAGCCAGGGUGAUGCACUAAACCAGAAGCUCGGGCACAUCGUCGCGCAAGAGGACAAGUGCGUCGCGUUUCCGAACAUCUACCAGCACCGUGUGGACGGCUUUGAGCUCGCGGACUCGACGAAGCCCGGGUACAGGAAGAUUCUGUGCUUCUUCCUGGUCGACCCGCUCACGCGGAUCCUCUCGACAAGUGAUGUCCCGCCUCAGCAAGCGGAGUGGGCGAUGGACGAGAUGCAGCGUGCUGCUGCGCUGCUACGCUUGCCCGUGGAGCUUUUCGACAUGAUCGCGGAGUAUGCGACCGUGGGGAUGAUGUCUCGGGAGGAGGCCGAGGAGUAUCGCGCAGAUCUUAUGGAGGAGAGGGCUGACUUUAUGAUGCAGCAUAACGAAGCAGUAUUUGAACUCGGGUUUUCGAUGUGCGAACAUUGA